AUGAAUAAGAAUACAAAAAUAAUAAUAAUAACAUCAGAUGAAGAUAUUAUUCAACGUUUCAUCUCAAAUGAAACCGAAAAUACACGAAUUAUUAAUUUAGAUGAUAAGAAACUAAUUAAUUCAACGGAAAAUCUUCAUCACUCAUCGAACGUUAAGUCAAAUAAUGAUAAUCAAGUAAAUAAACGUGCACUUGAGUCAAAUAUAAAUAAUGAAGGAAAAUCAAUUAAAGUAAGAAAAAAAUGGAUUGAUACAGUUUGUGCAAUUUGUGGUAAUCAAGGUAUUGGAUAUAAUUAUAAUGUUCUUACAUGUGCUUCAUGUAAGACUUUUUUUCGACGAAAUCUUAAUGAAGAUGUGGAUAAACUUCAAUGUUUAACUGGUCAAGGACAAUGUUCAAUUUCACAUGAAAUACGUCGAAAAUGUCAAAAAUGUCGAUUAAAACGAUGUUUUUCAAUGGGAAUGAAACAUAAUUUUGUUAAAAAUAAUAAAAAAACUCAAGACAUUGAAGAAAAUUUGAAUAUUUCAUUAGUAUCAUCAUUCAAUGAAAUUGAUCAAUUGUUGAUGAAUGAAAAUAAUAUUAUUGAUUCAAAAAUAAUUAGCGAUACAUUAUUUUCUCAAUUAUCUGUUGAAGAUUGGAUUACAAUUCAAAAUAUUCAAUCAUCAUUUAAAUUCUUCUGUGAAAUUCCACUAGAAGAAAAUUCCAGUCUUAUGGAUCUAUCUGAUCACACUUCAGCUCUUAUAUCUUGGUCAUAUGUAGGAAGUAAAAAUGCAAUGUGUUUUAUUAAUUUUUUUCGUCAUAUGAAACAAUUUGAAGAAUUAAAUAAUGAUGAUCGUUUUAUUUUAAUAAAAUAUAAUCUAUUUUCGAUAUUUCUUUCAUCAAAAGGUUAUUAUUAUAAACGUACAUCUUGUAAUUAUUCAGCUAAAGUCUGGCAAAAAGAAGAUGAAAAUAAUCGUCGAUUUCUUAGUUUAUGUGAUAGUUCAUCAUACGAUUUAAAUAAAUUUGAAGAUUUAACUAAAUGUCUAAUAGAACUAACUGAACGAGAUCCAAUAAUUAUAUCUCUUCUUUCAACAAUUUUAAUGUUUUCUCCAGGUAUAUCAAUGAAUGAAAAUGAACCAUUAUUGAAAGAUUCAUUAACUAUUAAUCGAAUUCAAUGUUAUUUUACUAAAAUUCUUUGGAAUUAUUUACUUGAUAAAUUGGAUGAAUUACAAGCUUAUAAAUAUUUUAUUCAAUUAUUUAUACUGAUUUUAAAAAUUCAAUUGAGAACAAAAGAAUUGCGACAAUUUUUUCAACAUCAAUAUUCAAUAACGAAUACUAAAGAUAAAGUUGCACCGUUAAUGCAAACUAUUUUACAUUUUCCUUAA